CUAGCCCCCGACAGCAACAUCGGAUCGGCCCAACGACGAGAGGCGUCCACCACGCACGAGCGAAAGAUACACACAUGCUCCGACGGCCCGCACGCGACCUUACCCGCACCUUUACCCGCACCUUUGCGUCCUCGAGCAGCUCGGCUCCACGCGUUUCCAUCGAGCGCGCCGCCGACGGCGUCGCGACGGUGACACUUGGCCGGCCGGAGAAGCUCAACUCGCUCGACAUUGACAUGUUCCGCGCCAUCCGCUCAGCGGCCGUUGAGCUGGCGGAGGACAAAGGCGUGCGCGCGGUCGUUGUCCACGGGUCGGGCCGAGCCUUUUGCGCCGGCCUCGACGUCAAGAGCAUCAACCACCCUCUGCAUGCGCGAGCCAACGGCCGGGAGCUGCUGGACCGCCCCGACGGUGCCAUCUCAAACUUGGCGCAGGACGUGUGCUACCUGUGGCGGCGAGUGCCCGCUCCCGUCAUCGCGGCGACCCACGGUGUUUGCCUUGGCGGCGGCUUCCAGAUUGCACUCGGCGCAGACAUGCGCAUCGCGACGCCGGGGUGCAAGUUCUCCCUGAUGGAGGCCAAGUGGGGCAUCAUCCCCGACAUGGGCGCGACAGUCGUCCUACCGGAGCUGGUGCCAAAGGACGUGGCGACGGAGCUGAUCAUGACAGGGCGCAUCUUUGACGGAGAGGAGGCACUCCGACUCGGUCUCGUCACUCGCCUCGCAGAGGAGCCUCUGGCCGAGGCUCGCCGGCUCGCUUCCGAGAUCGCGGCGAGAUCGCCCGACAGCACCGCCGCCGUAAAGCGGCUGCUCGACGCAACGUACUGCGAGGCGGACGACCGGCGCAAGCUGCACUUGGAGACGGCCCUCCAGCGGAGGCUCCUCGGCGGCUGGAACCAGCUGGCGAGCGCGGCCCGCGGCCUCGGCGCGCCGCCGCUGCUGCAGCCGAGCUUUGCCGCGCGAUCCGACGAAUGGCUCGCGGAGGCAGACGCGGAGGCUGAGGCCGAGGUGCGCGCCAUGCUCGACGGCGGCGAGGUCGAGGUGCGGGGCGACGAGGUCAGCGAAGCGUGCGCAUGAGCUUGCGGCCGCCGCCGGCGCUCUUACUGUGCUUGUGGGGUGUUCGCAGAUCUCGCGACUCUGGGGCUUGUGGUUGGCGUCCGGUCCCGCGCAAUGAAGCUAUUGGUGAGGGUGGGGUGGGGGUGGUGCUGUUGGGCUGGUUGGCGGGUGUUGUCCGGGUGGCAGAACUGUGAAGCAGCAAAUCAGCAAAGAGCGGCUGAACUUAAGGUUCU